CAACUUUAAUGCAAAUGGAAAAUGUCGUUUUCAUUCACCGGUAAACCAAGUUUGUGCUUGGUUAUUUUUUACCAGCCGCGUCGUUUUACGAAUUUAAAAGAAUUAUCGCUCGUACAUAAAUCAACACGAAAAUCGCUUUGUGUGUGGUAUUUCAAGAGGAACGAAAAAAAACACAAAUUUGCAUACAGUGAUCUCUUGAAGCUUCUUGGACACCGUGUAACUGAAGAUCAAAGUCCUUCUAGCCACAAGUUUGGGUUAAAAGCAACUGGACAGCGCGGUUGAAUUAACUCUCAAGUGGCGGUUGUGAUUGCCUUUUUUGUUGCAAAUUGAACGUUUUCCGCUUGGAGUAGGUGUCGACGGAAGACAAUUCUGAAAAGAUUCGUUAGCAGAAGAUUGAUAUGUCGAGAUAAACAUGGAUCGAGCAGUCGAUGUGUUGCGAGAUGCUUCAAUAUGGCUUCGGUCUUUGCCUCAGAGAGAUAACAAGAAUGUUGAAGGAGAUCCCUUCAAGAAAAGCGAGCCACCGAAGAAACCCGAAGCUAUUUGGUCCAAAACUAAAGAACCAGAGAUACUCCUCGAAACAGAGUCGUUCGAGAAGAAGAAACCCAAAGAAAAACAUGACGAGUUCGAUUUCGCGAAGACCCGAGAGAAACUUCGAGAAAAGUUUGAUUCGGUAAUCGCUUUUCCUAUUGAACUGAAAGAAAAGUUUCAGGCGAAAUUUAUGCGUGACACAGCUGCUCAAGUUGAUAUUCAGGAAACGGAAGAGUCAAGAACCGGGAAGGAAAUUGAUUUCGAUCGCGAAUAUGACAUCAUCGAGUUACACGAACACAUAUUCGUCAUCGGAGGGGCUGCAGAAGGGCAGGGGAGCGAACCUACGGCAACUGUUGAAGUGUACGACUGCACUAACAGGCAAUGGCGAAAAAUCGCUCCAUUACCGGUGAAAACCACGGCUUGCUAUGCCACGGCAGUUACAGCUGUCCCUGCACUGGUUGUGGUGGGCGGGUUUGGCGGGUGGAAGGCCCUCAACACUGUGCAGAUGUACGACUGGGUGACGAACGAAUGGCAGGUACUCAAGCAUAUGAGAAAACGGCGCUGGGGAUGUUACGCAACAGGGACAGAGCAUGGGAUACUAGUGGCUGGAGGCUGCGACCAAGGCAGUGUGCUAGACAGUGUGGAGCUCUACAACGUGAAUAAGAAAGAAUGGUUUACACUGCCGCCUAUGCUAGAGCCCCGAUGCAACUUCGGAGGAGGAAUUAUCGGUCGCAAACUGCUAGUAGCCGGUGGCGGGUCCGGCUUCUACUUCAACAGCGCGAAGAACUCCGCCGAAAUUUUCGACGGGGAACAAGGAAAAUGGACGAAAUUGCCCCCCAUGAGGAGAAAGCGCUACGGCUGCACUGCCGUGGCGUGGAAGAAAAAGCUGAUUGUGGUGGGAGGUUGCGAUAAAAACGGCACAGAUGUGUUGGACGUUGAAGCAUUCGAUUUGGAAGGUCACGUAUGGCUAGAUUUGCCUCCCAUACCCGUGGGAUAUUCUUUAUGCCGGGCUAAAAUCGUGCAAAACAUGUUGGUUGUCUUUGGCGCCGAUGGAGGUGAAAAUACUGCUUACGCCUUUGAUUUUGAACUAAACCGAUGGGAAACAUAUCUGGAACUGCCGCAAGGAAGAAAUGCUUAUGCCAUCGCAGUUAUCGGCAUUUAAAGACAACAAACUAAAAAUUAAAAAUACCGCUAUGAGGAGAAAUUGUUUUCGGUGGAGUUUUAGUAGCUACGUGUAGGAAAAUAGAAUGAGCUAGAAUGACUGAUCACUAGCUUCUGGCAAAAGUAUUUAAUUCAUAUUUAAUUCUCAUUUUUUAAAUAUUUUACAAUUUUUUCCUUAAUUAGUCUUAUUAUUUUUGCUGUGAAUAUCGCUUAACAAAUACUAUGUUUAAUUGCUUUAGGGAAAUUUGUUUUUGAAGAGCCAAAAUACGAACGUUGACUUGUUUUAAUGUUUAUCUUCUUGCGGUGUAGUUAUUUUUACGUAGAGGUCGCCUCAGGCUAUUAGAUUGUUUGAGAAUGUCGUGUACUUGUACAUACUUUUAUUGUGGAGUUGAUCCAUUUAACUCAAUUUAUUCAAAAGCGAAUGAAUUUAAACUGACGUAACUUUUUCUGUGAAAGUGAGCAUUAAAUCUCGCCGUUUUAAUAUCUUUCAACAAACCACAAAAAUAUAUUUUGGUUUUUCAUUUUUGUCGAAGUUCUCGCCGAAAAAUGAAUCAUUAUUGUACGCCUCAGUUGUUUUGAACGACAAAAGUCGAGUCUAGGAAUUUUUAGGAAUUUUUAACAUUUUCCUUGAGGGAUAGAGAUGUGAUUUGCAUAUCGUUUGUUUAUGCUUUUGUAAUAACCUAUAAUAGCUUCUAAAUUAAAUCAAAACUUAUGCCUUUGUACCACAGCCCAAUUUUGUUAUAAUUGAAUAAAUUAGAUCGUCAAAAUCGUCA